AUGGUCCCAGCUGAAGACCACCAAUAUCUGGGAAUUAUCAGCCUGCUUAAGCACUUUGGAUGGACCUGGGUCGGUCUCUUUGUGAUGGAGAACGAUCAGGGAAAGCUUUUCCUGCAGGCCAUGGAAACACUGGACUCUAGUUUGCGAGCCUUCCAGGGUAGCAUUGUUUUCUCCACUCACUCAAAAUGCCUUCCUGGAUUCCAGGAAUCUCUUCAGAUUCUAAAACCAGACUGGACACAAGCAGAUGUUUUCCUCAAGAAUUUCUGGGAAGAUGCAUUUAACUGUGUGGACCCAGACCCACUGGUGCCUUACAGGGUUGUGGGAACGUGCACUGGAGAGGAGAGGUUGGAGAGCCUCCCUGGGCAUUUUUUUGAAAUGUGCAUGACUGGCCACAGCUACAGCAUCUACAACGCAGUCUACGCUGUGGGAAAUGCACUCCACACCUUGUUCUCCUUGCAAUCCAACCGCAGAAAAAAGGUUCAUGACAAAGCCGGUGGCCUUCAGGACCUGCAGCCUUGGCAGCUCCACUCAUUCCUUCAAGGCAUUUCCUUUAACAACACUGCUGGUGAAAGCGUCGCUUUCAAUGAGCAUCGGGAAGUGGAAGGUGGAUUUGAUGUAAUCAACUUCAUCACAUUUCCAAACAAAUCCUGUCUCAAAGUGAAGGUUGGCCUGGUAAUUCCUGAGGCUGUCGAGGGGAAAAGGUUCAUCAUUGCUGAGGACAAAAUAACUUGGCAUCAGAGCUUUAAUCAGAUUGCACCUCAUUCCAUCUGUAGUGAUCCCUGCCCAGCUGGUCAUCAUAAGAAAAUGAGGGAAGGGGAAAAAAAUUGUUGCUACGAUUGUAAUGUGUGCCCAGAAGGGAAGAUUUCAAACCGAACUGACACUGAGGACUGUUUCAAAUGUGCAGAAGAUCAGUAUCCAGGCAGGGAGCAAGACAGAUGCAUCCCAAAAGUGAUCAGCUUUCUUUCUUAUGAGGAGCCCUUGGGGAAAAGUUUGGCUUCAGUUGCUCUUUCUUUGUCCCUGAUCACUGUCUUGGUGCUGCAGACCUUCAUUAAGCACAGAGACACCCCCAUCGUCAAGGCCAACAACCGAGGCCUCACCUACACCCUGCUCGUCUCUCUCCUGCUCUGCUUCCUCUCUUCUCUUCUCUUCCUCGGAAAGCCCGGCAAGCUGACCUGCCUUCUCCAACAGCCCAUGUUUGGCAUGAUCUUCUCCUUGGCUGUUUCUUGUAUGUUGGCCAAAACCAUCACGGUGGUGGUGGCCUUCAUGGCCACCAAGCCAGGCUCGAGCAUGAGGAAGUGGGUGGGGAAAAGACUGGCCACCUCCAUUGUGCUUUCUUGUUGCCUCGUUCAAGCUGCCAUUUGCAUCGUGUGGGUUGGAAACUUUCCCCCAUUCCCGGAUUUGGACACGAACUCUGUCAUUGGGGAAAUUACUGUACGAUGCAAUGCUGGGUCUGUCCUCAUGUUCUGUCUUGUUCUGGGCUACAUGGGCCUUCUCUCCCUCAUCUGCUUCCUGGUGGCUUUCUUUGCCAGGAAGUUGCCUGACAGUUUCAAUGAAGCCAAGUUCAUCACCUUCAGCAUGCUGAUGUUUUGCAGUGUUUGGCUCUCCUUUGUUCCAACAUACAUGAGCACAAAAGGGAAAUACAUUGUAGCUGUGGAGAUCUUCUCUAUCUUAGCCUCCAGUGCUGGAUUGUUAGGCUGUAUCUUUUCCCCAAAAUGUUACCUUAUUCUCUUCAAGCCUGAGAUGAACAGCAAGGAGCAGCUGAUA